CUAAUUUCAUUCUCCCGAAGCAUAAAACACGGUAAGUUACAAAAUCCUAUUGCUAAUAGUUUAAAAUCAGAGAAAUGCGAUGGUUUUGGGAGGGGAAAUAAGGCCACGUUAGGAAGUGCAACUCUGCUAUUUUCAAAGAUAUGAAAUUAGAAAAGAAAGUGUGAGUGACGUUUACAUAUACUCUCGAAUCUUAAAAAAAUGUGUCUCAGAUUAUAUUAAGAAACAAGCUCGUCCUCUUUCUCUUCCCAGUUCUCACUUGAGAAAACUCUAAAACCCUCAGUCUCCACCCAUGGCACCGAAACAAAACAAGAAGCGUCUCUUCUCUACGGAAGAACCAUCCACAGCGACAGCCACAGCCACCGAAGCACCAGCGGCACAAGAGUGUUGUUCUCCCAAAGUGAAGGCCAAGCGGGUGACGAAGAAGAAGGCAAGCAGCGACGAAGAGACGGAGGAGGACAGGAUAAAGGCCCCGGAUGGGCAGUCGAAGCUGUUCCAGAGGAUCUGGAGCGAGGAAGACGAGGUCUUGAUUCUGAAGGGCAUGGCCGAGUUCAUCUCAAGCACCGGCAACGACCCUUACAAGCACGCAGACUCCUUCCACGAUUCCAUCAAGAACAUGCUCCACGUGGCAGCCUCCAUCAACCAGCUCAAGGAGAAGAUCCGCCGCUUGAAGAAGAAGUUCGAGGCUAAUUCUCGCCGAGGGAAGAACGGCGACGACCCCCACUUCUCCAAACCUCACGACUCCACGAUGUUUCACUUGUCCAAGAUGGUCUGGGCUGUGAAGCCCAGGCCCAGUGAGAAACAAUUGGUGACGGUGAAGUCUCUUAUGGGUAAUGACCUAGAUUCGCUUUACCUCGAAAUAGCUGGUAUGAAGGAACUGGGUGAGGAUGAGAUGAAGAAGGGUUUGGCAUUGAUUGGAGAGUCCAAGAGGAAAGAGUUGGAGGGAAGGUGGAGCCAACUGCGUCUUGCUCAGCUUCAGCUUGUUUCAGAUCGUUCCCAACUCACCGGGGAGAUCGUUAAGCUGAUACAUGAAGCGCUUCACUGAAGCUGCGUUUGCCCUUGCUCCUUUUUUGCUAUCAUUUUGUGAUUAACAGCACAUGGUCUAUAGCUCAUAUAAUUGUUGACUGUCCUUUAACAACUUUGUUGGCCACUGUUGUCUACCAUGUUUUGCGGAUCAUGCUAGUUUUGGGUAGUUUAUUUGGAAUUGGAGAUCCUGUAGUAGAAUAAUCCAUUGUGUUUUCUUGUCUACUUAUGCAAGUGAUUGAGUUUUGGGUACCAUGUUUUGCUGGUCAUGCUAAUUUUGUGACUAUGUUAUAAUGCUCUUUUUACUUGGUUAUUGGCAUUGUGAAAAUGUUCUUAUUAAGAAUUUCAAUUUCGAGUUUUGC